CCCCCUGGGCCUGGCGGUCGCGCCUGCGCACUGGCAACUGGCCGGGCGCUCACUGGGGGAGCUGCUGCAGGCUCCGCGGCGGCGGCGGCGGCAACGGAGGCUGCGGGGGUAUCGGUGCGAGCGGCCGGGCUUCGGGGGGGAGCCGAGCCCGGCCCGGGAAUCCUAGCAGCUAGAGUGCGGGGUACCUAGGCCCCUCACACUGGACUCCACAGUCUCCGGGCCGCCUGACCUCCGCACGGGUAUAUGGGAUGGAAGCGGGACCCUCGGGAGCAGCUGCAGGCGCAUACCUGCCCCCUCUGCAGCAGGUGUUCCAGGCACCUCGAAGGCCUGGCAUUGGCACAGUGGGGAAACCAAUCAAGCUCCUGGCCAAUUACUUUGAGGUGGACAUCCCUAAGAUUGACGUCUACCACUACGAGGUGGAUAUCAAACCAGAUAAGUGUCCUCGCAGAGUCAACCGGGAAGUGGUGGAAUACAUGGUCCAGCAUUUCAAGCCUCAGAUCUUUGGUGAUCGCAAGCCCGUGUAUGAUGGAAAGAAGAACAUUUACACUGUCACAGCACUGCCCAUUGGCAAUGAACGGGUUGACUUUGAGGUGACAAUCCCCGGGGAAGGGAAGGAUCGAAUAUUCAAGGUCUCCAUCAAGUGGCUAGCCAUUGUGAGCUGGCGCAUGCUGCAUGAGGCCCUGGUCAGUGGCCAGAUCCCUGUUCCCCUGGAGUCUGUGCAAGCCCUUGAUGUGGCCAUGAGACAUCUGGCAUCCAUGAGGUACACCCCUGUGGGCCGCUCCUUCUUCUCACCGCCUGAGGGCUACUACCACCCGCUGGGGGGUGGGCGCGAGGUCUGGUUCGGCUUUCACCAGUCUGUGCGCCCUGCCAUGUGGAAGAUGAUGCUCAACAUUGAUGUCUCAGCCACUGCCUUCUACAAGGCACAGCCGGUGAUUGAGUUCAUGUGUGAGGUGCUGGACAUCAGGAACAUAGAUGAGCAGCCCAAGCCGCUCACGGACUCUCAGCGUGUGCGCUUUACCAAGGAGAUCAAGGGCCUGAAGGUAGAAGUGACCCACUGUGGACAGAUGAAGAGGAAAUACCGUGUGUGUAAUGUUACACGCCGCCCUGCCAGCCAUCAGACGUUUCCCUUGCAGCUGGAGAGUGGACAAACUGUGGAGUGCACAGUGGCACAGUAUUUCAAGCAGAAAUAUAACCUUCAGCUCAAGUAUCCCCACCUGCCCUGCUUGCAAGUUGGCCAGGAACAAAAGCAUACCUACCUGCCCCUAGAGGUCUGUAACAUUGUGGCUGGGCAGCGCUGCAUUAAGAAGCUGACUGACAAUCAGACUUCGACCAUGAUAAAGGCUACAGCUAGGUCGGCCCCAGACAGACAGGAGGAGAUCAGCCGCCUGAUGAAGAAUGCCAGCUACAACCUAGAUCCCUACAUCCAGGAAUUUGGGAUCAAAGUGAAGGAUGACAUGACGGAGGUGACAGGACGAGUGCUGCCGGCGCCCAUCUUGCAAUAUGGCGGCCGGGUGAGCAGGAACCGGGCCAUUGCCACACCCAAUCAGGGUGUCUGGGACAUGCGAGGGAAACAGUUCUACAACGGGAUUGAGAUCAAAGUCUGGGCCAUUGCCUGCUUCGCACCCCAAAAGCAGUGUCGAGAAGAGGUGCUCAAAAACUUCACAGACCAGCUGCGGAAAAUUUCCAAGGAUGCAGGGAUGCCCAUCCAGGGCCAGCCUUGCUUCUGCAAAUAUGCGCAGGGGGCAGACAGCGUGGAGCCCAUGUUCCGGCAUCUCAAGAACACGUACUCUGGACUACAGCUCAUUAUUGUCAUCCUGCCAGGGAAGACGCCAGUGUAUGCUGAGGUGAAACGUGUUGGAGACACACUUUUGGGAAUGGCUACACAGUGUGUGCAAGUGAAGAACGUGGUGAAGACCUCACCUCAAACUCUGUCCAACCUCUGCCUGAAGAUCAAUGUCAAACUUGGUGGCAUAAACAACAUCCUAGUCCCACAUCAGCGAUCUGCAGUCUUUCAACAGCCAGUGAUAUUCCUGGGAGCAGAUGUUACACACCCCCCAGCAGGGGAUGGGAAAAAACCGUCUAUCACAGCAGUGGUAGGCAGUAUGGAUGCCCACCCCAGCCGUUAUUGUGCCACUGUGCGGGUGCAGCGACCUCGGCAGGAGAUCAUUGAAGACUUAUCGUACAUGGUGCGUGAGCUGCUGAUCCAGUUCUAUAAGUCCACCCGCUUCAAGCCUACUCGUAUCAUCUUCUACCGAGAUGGGGUUCCUGAAGGCCAGCUCCCUCAGAUCCUCCACUAUGAGCUGCUGGCCAUUCGUGAUGCCUGCAUCAAACUGGAAAAGGACUACCAGCCUGGGAUCACUUAUAUUGUGGUGCAGAAACGCCAUCACACCCGCCUUUUUUGUGCUGACAAGAAUGAGCGAAUUGGGAAGAGUGGUAACAUCCCAGCUGGGACCACUGUGGAUACCAACAUCACGCACCCAUUUGAGUUUGACUUCUAUCUGUGCAGCCACGCAGGCAUCCAGGGCACCAGUCGACCAUCCCAUUACUAUGUCCUUUGGGAUGACAACCGUUUCACAGCAGAUGAGCUCCAGAUCUUGACAUACCAGCUAUGCCACACUUAUGUACGAUGCACACGCUCUGUCUCUAUCCCAGCACCUGCCUACUAUGCCCGCCUGGUGGCUUUUCGGGCACGAUAUCACCUAGUGGACAAGGAGCAUGACAGUGGAGAGGGGAGCCACAUAUCAGGGCAGAGCAAUGGGCGGGACCCCCAGGCCCUGGCCAAAGCCGUGCAGGUUCACCAGGAUACUCUGCGCACCAUGUACUUCGCUUGAAGGCAGAACGCUGUUACCUCACUGGAUAGAAGAAAGUUUUCCAAGCCCCAAGAGCUAUGCCACCCAAAUCCAGAGGAAUCAGGGAGGAGGGAGGUGGGGUAGGGAGGAGUGCAGAAGGCCUUGUUUCCUUCUACAAAUGGGACAAAAGGGUGGGGAACAGGGCCAGUAAGCCAGACCACCAGCCAGAAAUUUCUGAUAUUCACCUCAUACCCUUCACCCCAUCUUGUCACAUCUGACCCUGACCCCACUGGACCAAGAUGGGCAGCACCAGUGCCCACCAUACACACAGGUGUCUCACGUGACUCACAGUGCUAAAGACUCAUGCCUGACAGCUUGUUAAGGUCGGCUCGGCUCUACAUUCCUGUGGACAAAAGCUGGUAGGUUUGGGUUUGAUACUUUAGAUGGGAAAGUGAGGGGCUUGAAAAAGUGGGUGGGAGGAGGGAAGGAUUUUUUAGGAGCCUUAAUCAGAAAAGGUCUAGAUUUGUUUAAGAAGGAAAACGAAACCAGACCCAGAUCAAUAUUUUAGGAUACAAGAUGUUUUAAUGGGUUAAGAAUCCAGUUUGUAGGAGGAUUUUUUAAUGCUAAUGAUUUUGGUUGCUCCUCCCGCUGCUGCCACCCCCCUUUCCCUAUUCCUUUCUUUCCAAUUUUCCUACCCUACCUUACACCUCCCUGACAGACAUCCAGCCCCGAAUAAGACUUAAGGCACUAUGGCACUUAGCUCUGAAGUGACACAACCCUGUCUUCCUUCCGCCUGCUGGUGGGUAACCAGUGCCUUCCCUGUAACGGUAAUGCUGCAGAACUGCAACCUUUUGUACCUUUCUUUGGGGGGAUGGGGUAGGGUGGGACAGGAGGUAAAUGGGGAAGAAAUACUCCUAACCCAACAAGCCUCCAGCCAGAGCGCCAACUAUUUUGCAUUUAAAGCAAUUGACUUCCAUAUUCAUUGAGCUUUUAAAAAUAUUAUAACCUCAAGAUGGUUAAAAUCCAUUGACAUUUGCACUUUCAGACCUGACAAGUCUAUGGAGCUGCUGAGAUGACUGGCUAUGCCUCCUUUCUUCCCUGUCCUACCCUGACCCUCCCACCUGCCUGGGUCUGGAGUUACUUACAUAGUUUUUUCUCACUCUUGGCUUCUUUUCCCCCAAUGGUCAAGUCUCUUAUGUUUCAAUAUUUUUAAAUUGGGGUGUCUUAUAACAAACGAUCCUUAGGUCUAAAAUAAGAAAAAAGAGCAAAAACUAAAUGCUAUUUUUAUACCAUAACUUGAGUUUAUUGCCAAAAUCUUGAUAUCCUUCCAAUGCCCAAUGAGUUUACGUCCCAGAAACAUUGAGCCAUUAAAAAGAACAAUAUACCUGACUUGUUCUUUGGCCUGGCUAAGUAAGGGUGGUUGUCUCCCCAGUGUGGGGCUCAGGCUUCAUCUUUCCGCUGUGCAGAAAAUACCUUUUUCUUGCUACAGGCUCCCUCCUCUGCACUGCCCUCUGCCCUGCACUCUUUUCUGCAAGUGCAUCUUCCUCUCCCUCUGCAUUGUCCUCUGACACUUUGGCUCAUCCCAGAUUCCAGUGUGUCCUGUGAAUAGUCUGGGGGAUUUUGCUGCUCCCUUUUGCUUCUGUUUACACAAAUGAAUUUUUAAUGGUUUCCCACUAGGGCAUGUGAGUGGGUGGCAUGGGCUUUUUUUUUCCCCCCCUCCCUGCAUAGAGAUGGGGUUUGGCUGGCUUGUAAAACUGGAAAAGUAGGGGGUUGUAGCUUGGUGCCUGCUGGCCUUGAGGCAAGGCCCCCUCUUUCCUUGACUGUUCAUUUUCUCCUUUCCCACUGCUUGGGAUGAGAACGUGCAUUUUUGGUGUGGAAAUUCCUUUUUUUAAGGAGCUUGGGCUUCGGUUUGCCCCAAUCUGGUGAUAAAGCCAUGACACUUUAGACCUAGCUCAGGCUUGGAGGCCAGCCGGAGGAAGGCCAGUGUGAAUCUGGGCCUGUGCAGUGAGAGCUACCAUUUCCCCUCCCCAACAGCCCUAAUACAGACCCAGAUUUCCUAUGCAAAACAGUCUCUCCCAGGUUCCAUUCUGGUUGGCUACUUUGUUCAAUGACUUCACAAAAUGUAGCACAAACAUUGAUUAUAGAGGAAGGUAUCAGGACUGUUGAGUAACUCCUCCUUUACUUUCCUACUGGCUAUGGCAUUGGGUGCCCCAUGGGAACCCAGCUGAAGAAUAGAAUGGAGGGCUCUGGGAGGAGUUAGUUCACUGGACAGCCUACAUUCCUUACACAAGUGCCUAAAGAGAGUGAUGCCAACACUCCAUCUGCCCUGUCCAUCGCCUUCAUAUACUGUCUACUUCAUGUUCAGUCACCCUUAGAGGAGGGGAGCUCUCUUUGAACAUUGGGCUCUGCAUGUUCUCUUCUUGGGUGCAUUUUGGGGCUAGGAUCAGGGCACUAUUCCUGGAGGUUCCAGUCAUUCACCAGCAUUUGCAAAUGUCCACGGGGAGCUGGUGGUAGCCACCUACUCUCGGCCACAAGUUUGUGUUCUUUACUUUUUCUUUUUGCCUCACUCUUUUCAGUUGGGUUUGGAGCUGGGGCUUGAAAUGUAUUUUUUAGCCCUUUGGCAUUGCACAUACCACUCGAGAAAUAAAAGCAAGAGCAGCAGCUUGGGCAAUGGCAAGGAAAUGACUUUCUGCUGUCACUUUUUUUUUUUUUAAAUCUUUGAGACUUGAAAAAUAUCCUUAACUUUGAGGAUUAUUCUUGUUUGAAAGGUUGUGCAUGCAGAUUGCAAACUGGUGUUGGCAACAAGCUUUGGCUUUCUUGGAUUUGGUUUAGGUAGUGUGACUCACUUAAGCUCUGAUGAAGCGUGGGAUGACCCCAGCCUCAUCUUUUAGACAAGUCUCUUGCUCCCUUUAUUCCAAUCUUUAUCUUGCUUUUCCUAUUCUCUCUUUCCCUGGCUUCCUUUUCUUUCCUUUUUUUUUUCUUUUUCUAUUUAGUCAGCUUGCUUGCUGAUCUGCUUUCCUGAUGAUGAAUUCUCUGCAUGACUAUAAUGACCCCUCUGUUAGCUGACAAGGUCAAGCUUAUUAACUCCUUGGCUACAGAAAACCAAGAAUCUGUUCCCCAAGCCCAGUGAUGUCCUCUUUGGGCUGGACUGCCCUCAAGCUUACACUAGGUCUGAGCAGCAGGCCUGCCCAAAUGGUAUGAAAUCAGAGGCUUCUGGCAACUUCCACACCUGUCCACUCCUUGGACUUGAUUUCUCUCAUUGCUUUUCCUAGAUAUUAUUCCAUUUUUAUCUACCUGGGGCUUCCCUAUUCUAAGGACUUGUUAGGAUUGAGCUACUUGGGUAUCCAGGGUUGAGGGUCAGGGGAUGGACAUAGAGGAAAAAGAGAGUGGUGGGAAGAGAAUGGAGAGAAUUUGGAUAAAAGGUGGGAAAGUAGAGCACUGCUCGUUUUAUCAUUUUUCCAGUCUAGCCUGACCAAUUGAAAGUUGAGGUGCUAUGGAGAUAAGCCUGGGCUCUUGUUGCUGGGUAUUUAGGCUUAGAAUAAUGCUGAACAAGAAGGUACAUAAAGUCGUAAAACCUCCCUAAAAAGCUCCUGGUUCCCACGUAGUAGAUAGCUCCUCUUUGGCUAAGCAACAGUGUUCUUGGAGUUUUCCUUUUCUUGUCCAGAAUUCUGUAAAUGAGACUCAGUACUCAAGAUGGGCAGCCAAGGAAACACUUCUUAGCUGGCCCCUGGACUAUCUGCAAGGCAGGUCGGGCAGUGUUUUAGACCUUGCAUCGUGUGUAACAAAAGAUGGAAGUUCUUUCUCCUUCAGGGUAGAAAGUCAUCUCAAACUAGCCAAAAUGCAAUUUUGGAGACUACAUUGGAGGAAGCUGUUUUUAUUUAUAUUUAUUGGGCCUAGGCCAAUCCAGGAUGGUAGCUGGGAUGCCUUCCUUUUUAAAGUCUGAUCGUGGCAGGGAUAUGCAGGGCACUCUUUUCUAUUUGGCCUUCUAAGCAGAUUGGUGCUCUCCUCUUACUCUACUCCUACUGACUUAGAACCUCUGGCUGCUGUUUGGGAGCCCAAGAAAGGGAGCGGAGGGAAUGGUUCAAAUCAAACAAACAAAAAUCAGAAUAAGAUGGGGAAAGCAGAUUUCCUACUUUAAAAAGGAAUAUAAACUCUCCAAGCAUUGUGCAAGUAAAGACAAUAUAUCUAAUGCACCAUGUCCCCUGGUGUAGUAGCAAUAAGGAAAAAUGAAAUGACUUUCCUAUGAACACAGUCCAACCUGAAUGGUGUGUGAUGUUGGCACUUAGCAGCCAUCUGGUGGGCAUGUGUGACUACUCUGGGUUCCACUUUAGUUUCUGAACCUUUAUUCUUCUCAAGUCCAGCAUGGAUAGGGAAAUGUCCCUGGAGCCCCACAGCUGUGUACUUGUUUGCAUUUGUUUCCCUUUGAGACUUGUGUUUGUGUCCUGCUUUGAGCUGUACCUUGUCCAGUCUAUUGUAAAAUUAUCCCAGCAGCUGUAAUGUACAGUUCCUUCUAAACCAAGCAACAACAGCAGCACAAUUCUGUGUUUUAUAAAAACAACAGUGGCUUCUGUUUCUAAA